AUGCCGCCCAAGCCAUCUGCCAAGGGAGCCAAGAAGGCCGCCAAGACCCAAAAGGUCUCGACUGGAACCAAGAAGCGCCAUCACAAGCGCAAGGAGUCUUACUCCGUCUACAUCUACCGUGUCCUUAAGCAGGUAUCAACUCGGGCCAAAUUUUUUUAUAAGAGAGUAUAAGAAAAUUAUUAUUGAGUUAAAGAAAUUCCCCUGUAAUUUCAAAUAAAAAUCACAAUUUCCAGGUGCACCCCGACACCGGAGUCUCCUCGAAGGCCAUGUCGAUUAUGAACUCGUUCGUGAACGACGUCUUCGAGAGAAUCGCCGCUGAAGCCUCGCGCCUCGCUCAGUACAACAAACGGUCGACGAUUUCUUCUCGCGAAAUCCAGACGGCGGUCCGACUGAUCCUUCCUGGAGAGCUGGCCAAGCACGCCGUGUCCGAGGGAACCAAGGCUGUCACCAAGUACACUUCCAGCAAGUAAAUUCUCAACUAUGAGCUUUACUUGACCAACCGAACCCAACGGCCCUCUUUAGGGCCACAAACUGAUCUUCAAGUCCUUGUGAUAUUUGUAAAUAAAUUUUUAAAUAGCUUUGUGAUUGUUAAAAUUUGGAUUAACGAGUCUGAAUCCCACUAAAAUUGCUUGUUUUUCGAGAAAAGUAUAUCACGAAGGGUUUGACCAAAGGCAAAACAAAGUAACUUGGUCCAAAUUCAGAAGAAAAGGUUCUUUUCUAAACUCCGAAUAUGUUCAAAAAUGAAAGAGGAGGAGUUCGUUUUAAAAAUGAGGUUGCACGGGUCACAAAAAAUUGUUUUGAGUAUUUUGAGGGGCAGUGAAUUCUUAUCAUUUACCUGCUCGAUCAGAUGAACUUUUGUAUACUCUCAAGGCCAAAAUAACCCUUUCGUCCGUCCCAGUAACAUGCAUAAAUUCCUGUUCCCUAUUCUUAUUUCUACAAUUUCCGCUGAAAGUCCGCUUGAUGUGGGUUGAUCUGUUAAUUCUCUUUUUUUGAAAUCAGUAUUUUGAUGGAAGUGUGUUUUUGUUUUGAAACGCUAGGUUUUGAAAUCAGAGAUGUCAUUCAUAUGUUUUUGAGCUUGUUUGACACGAUAUAAAUUUGAUUUCUCAUUUGAACAGUUUUGAAAAACAAAUUUCACUGCUUCUCAUUUACGAAAAAUUUUUGAAAAAAAGUUUUUUUGUGUUGGUGCAGUUUUUUUGCUGUUCCCUGAGAAGAUUAGAAAAUUUUCUGUGUUCUUGGUUUUCAUCGUUCCUCUUCCCUCUUUGCUGAAAUUGGAAAUAGAGAGCCAUGGAUUCCUAAAAAGUAUCAUUUAUUUAAGAAAUUUCAUCAAAGCUAGUUAUUUUGAUGCUAAAAGUCGAUUUCAAAACUUCAAAUUCGAAUCGUUCAUUGCUUGAUGCUGAUGAUGCAAUAUAUUUUUCAAAAGCUCGCUUUUUGUCCAAAAUUUACCCAUUUCUAGCUACCUGGCCAGGUAAACGUUUUAAAACCACCGGCGGAAACAACGCUGAGUUCGCAAUGUCUGAACGAUUCGGCGACUUGGGGAACCUCGUUGAAAGAAAUAGCCAUAACGGGAAUUAACUGUAUUGUGAACAAGAAUUGCACGGAAGCCGAGAAAUCGACGUUGAUCAAGAACUUGUUCGCAGCCAGGCGUUGGUUUUUUUUCGAAUUGAUAAAAAUCUAGGAUUCGUAGUUUCGAAAUGGGUACCUUCUACUGGACUUUUGGAAUAAAAAAAAGUUUCUUUAAGAAUUUUGGUAGUUUGCAUACUUUCAGGUUGAUUGGGACUUAAUUCAGAAGACGUUUUCAAUAGGAGAAAAAAAUUAGUGGCCACUUAAGAGGUUCCUCAAGGGCUACCUGGAGAGGACACUAAAGUGACCACUAAAACCAUCUUUAUAGAAGGCACUAUUUUGCAUCUUAGUGGCCACUAUAGUAGUUUUUAGUGGUCCAGCAGUGCCAAGUAGACUUCUAAAGAGGGCAUUGAUUUUUAGCCCCUAAAGUGACCACAAUUUCGACUACUAUAGUGGCCACAGUAAUUUCUCAAGUCUCCAAUUUCAGAACUGAACGCCUUCGGCCUAUUACCUGGCCCUGGCGUUCUCGACAUUGAUAUUUUCGUCGAUGGGUCUUACAGCGAAUGUGAAGAAGCGGACGAGGAAGCUCCUUACAGUACCAAUUAUUGUUAUCUUCUUUUGGGACUCGGAAAGGUGACUUUUGAAAGUUUGAUUUCUGGGGGUUUUUCUAAAAUCUUCAAAUGAAAAAAAUACGGGGGGGGGGGAUUUUUAGUGGCCACUUUAGGGUUUUGACAUCUUAAUGGCCACUACAGUAGUCCAAUUUAUAGCCAUUAAAAUAAGAAUUACUAUAGUGGCCAUUUAGAAAUAAUAUUUUUUUUUCAACCUGAAUUUCAAAUCAGAAGUCCUGAAAAUCAUUAAAAAAUGUUCAGAACAGUUCAUGUGGCGGGAAUAUUUACGUGAAUUACUUGAAACGGGCCGUUUGUAUGCCAAGGUCUUGCGACGAAUCGGUAUACUACAUUAGAAAAUUAAUUCGAGAACAAUUGAUUAAGGACCUGAGUUUACUGUAUAACACGUUCACACUGGAGCCCUUCACGGCUUGCGGUGCGAUUUGUGUCAAAAAAGAAAUCCCAAAAAACACUUGGUUCUGGUUUUUCACGUGAGUUUUUAUCGUUUCAAAAGGACUGAGGGAGAAAAUUCAGAGUUUUCCUGAUAUUUAUGGCAAUAAUCGUGGUUUUCGCGACUUUGAUGGAUUAUCUGCGAGAAUCCUUGCAUGGAAUCAAGUCCGACAAUGAACCGACUUACUGUAGGAUCUUAUUGUAUUGCUAAAGAAGAUUACGGUUACAGUAAUCCGACUCUUGUAUUGCUUCUCAAUGUACACCAAUGCUGAGAUCUUAUUAUCGGUGAAAGAACCCAAAGAAGGACAUAUCAAAAGUUUGGACUGUAUCCGAUUUUUGUCCAUGUCCUGGGUCCUCGCGGGACAUUCCAUGGCUCAGUUUGCAUUUUCAGGUGAACAAUUAAAAAUUAAAAUGAAAAACUAAAGUUUUUUUCGAGAUGACCUCUGGCCAAUCACAAAAGUGCCCAAGAAAUGGAUCAACGAAACGUUUUUGAACGCUUUUUUGUCCGUCGACACUUUCUUCGUGCUCUCUGGUGUCGUAUUGGCUUAUGUGUUUUUCAAGGUAAUUGAAAAUUAUACAAAGAAAAAGAAAGGAAGUUACAGAACAAGCCAAAAUUGCAAACCGUCAAGAAUCCAGUUGUAUGGAUAAUGUUUUACGUCCAUCGGUAUCUUAGGUAAGAAUCGAAGUUACAUUUUAGCUUUAUAACUUUUAAAAUUCGCGCUUUUUUGCUUUUUACUGUUUCUGAAACACCCAAUGAAAAAAGUCCGUUUGAAAAACUAAACUUGACGUGGGAAAUAGAAAAUACGAAGAUAAAUUUCAGGUUAAAACGACGAAAAUGACGGGCGUAUCAGGUGUUCCUGAAAAAAAAAAACGCAAAAACGCGGCGAAUUCAAAAAUUUAGGAAAAAAUGCCCAAAUCAUUCGAAAAUUUUGAAGUUGAAUUGUUAUCUCUUUGUAGGACUCGAUUUUUUUAACUGCUCUGAAGUACCAAUUUUGCGUAUUUCCAAAACACUUUGAACGAGUAAAACGUCAAUUUUUAAAUCCCCCUGAAUUACUUUAAAAAAACGACAAAAAAAUAUUUUUUUCUUCUUCAAAAAUCACUAAGAAUAACUGCCCAGAUAAACGCGAGACACUGGCGGUAUAUUGACGAGCUCGCAAACAUCUCGCUUUUUUUCUCGCGCCGGUCUCGCAUUUUUCUGGGCGCGAGCUCGCAUUUUUCUAGGCGCGAGCUCGCAUUUCUCUCGCAAUUUGAAAAGUUCUGAAAUGCAAGAUGAAUGCGAGAUGGCGCCAAGAAAAAUGCGAGGUCGCGCCGAGAGAAAUGCGGGAUCGCGCCUAGAAAAAAGCGACAUUUUUGCGAGUUAGUCAAUGUACCGCCACCGAGCUCGCAUUUAUCUCGUCAGUUAUUCUUAGUGAUGGAGAAUCGAGCACCAACUUUGCGCCAUUCUUCUGCGCUGGCGCUUUCUCCGUGCGAUUAUUUACGGCCGUGGUUUUUUUUCUUAUUGAAGUUGUUUUUUUUUCUAAAAAUUCAUUUCCAGACUAAUUUUUCAACAUAUUCAUUUUUCCGCCGAUUUAUCUUUUCUAUUAAUUUGAAGGUAUUUCAGACUAACUCCGCCCAUGAUGAUUUUCAUUGGGUUUUUUGUCGCAUAUGCGCCCUUUAUUCGAGGACCUUGGACUGCCACAACAGCCAGUACGUGAAUAAUUCAUGAAAACUGAUUUCAAUUUAAACUCUCCAUUUUAUAUUCCGAAUUCAAUUUCUAGAUGUUCUGAUCCCGCAAGUUGAGAUUUGUAAGACCCAAUGGUGGCGAAACUUGAUCUACAUCAAUAAUUUCAAAACGGAAGAUAUGGUUAGAAGGGUUACUGUAAUUUGAAAUUUACUGUAACUUUUAUUUCAUAGUGUCUACCACCGUAUUGGUAUCUCGCCUUGGAUACUCAAUUAUACGUGAUUUCCCCAAUUUUUCUGAUCGCCUUGUGUUUUUCUUCGGUUUUUGGUGGGUUUUUUGAGGGCACCAGGUUACUGUAGCUUCUUUCCGUUGUAGGAGUCUUGACGUUAUUUAUCGCUUGCGUCGUUAGCGUCGGUUUGUGCUACGCAGUCAUGUUCAAGUACUCACUGGCGCCCACUUUUUUGUCGCUCGAGUUUGAAGAGUUAAAAAGGGUUUUGAAGAAAACAAAAUUACAGUACGAAUCUGGAUUUUGUGGAAAAACUAUACGUGGUGCCUUGGAUCCGGGCAACGUCGUAUUUAAUCGGAAUUUUCGCGGGGUUUAUCCUUGCGAAAGUCGGCGGGAAGAGGGUGAAGUUGAACUUGGUUAGUUUGAGUAAAAACUGGAAUUUCCAGGGUUUUUAGGAAACAAACUUUUGAUAGGAUUCUUUUUUUAAGCGUUUUAUGCAUGGAGAGAUAAAAACUCGACCCUUCAACGCACCAAAAUUGACGAUUUUUUUUGGUUGAAUAAAUUGUUUUCUUUUUGUAAGCUCUUCUAGUGAGCAAAUGGCUAUCGAUUUAUUAUUUUCUAGAACGAAAUUGAAGAAUAGCCUUUCAGAAAGACUUUCUCAUCUCUUUUAAAAAGAAAACCCGUUCAAAAACGGUUAAAUUUGAAUAUAAAACAAGCCGGAAAUUUGUAAAACUCCAGGUUUUUCAAAGCUUCAUAACUCGGCUAAAAAUCAUAAAUUCCAAACAAACUAAAUUGAUUUGAAAUCGGGAAAGUUUGCUCUAUCGAAUGGUAUAUAACUCAAAUAUGCAUGAUUGCUUUUUUUUUCGAGAAUCGGCCUGUGGAUCCUGGUUAUAGACUGUCCAGAUUUUGAAAAUCAAGUAGUAUGACGUCAUUCGAAAACGCUAUGUGGAUGGCUCGCUCUUUGAUUGGUUCCUAGCGCCAUUAGGGGCGGAGCUUGAGCUUGAUUUUCAAAGUCUGAACAGACAAUAUGCCGUGUUAAAAGCGAUUCCUGCGAAUUUUAAAAUUAUCUCUGAUUCUCCAAAAUUUAGUUAUUUUUUCUACGCUCUGAGGGCUUUCGUAGUCUUCUCAUUAGCCCUGCAAUCAAUUCGGCAUCAAUUAAAGUCUAGUCAUUUAUAACUUUUAUAUAGUUGAGUCGAAACUUAUGGCUUCCUUCUUGUUGUUUCAGGUGAUAUUCUUCAUUUUUCAUUUUUUUUUCAUGAAAUUCAUAGUUAAUAACCUUCUUUUAAUUAUCAAAACGAUUCCAUCAACUUUUGUUUCUGUAAAAAAUGAAUAAAACAAGGUCUCUUCUCUACAAAAUAGUGUGAAAAUUUAGGUUUUGAUCGUUUUUGGCUGGUUGGCAGCAGUUUCCAUCGCCUGUGCUUGUCUCUACGGUGUUUCUGACUACCAUAAUGGGGCUAAUUGGAGGUUAUCUUGAUUCUAAAUCUUUUAUCCUACCUGUAAUGACCUCUUAAGGGAAUUUCUAAAAGUGUUGGUAAGCUUUAGAAAGGAAGAAAACAUUUUGAACCUUCAAAAUAACUAUUUUUCGGAUUUUCUUUGAGCCCGGUUCAUACGUGGGCUAACAGGCUGUUUUUCACUUUCGGGCCCCCCUAUUCAUUCAGAUGGCUUUCUAAGCCGCGGAAAAUGCAUCCAUAUUAUUUAUCGAGCUUUUUAAAGUACAUUUAGUGAGAAAUUCGUUGCCUAUCUUUUUGCCUAGCUCCAAACGGUAGAAAAAAUCGAGAGGAAUCGUAGAAAUAGCCUUAUAAAAAAUUCCAGAGCUGAUUAAUCGACCUGAAUUCUAGUUUAAAUGGUACCAAUGGAUGAUAUAUACAUGCUCAUCAAAUUUUUAAGCCGUUUGGAAAAAUUGAAAAAAAUAAUCAACUUCUGACCCCAUAAGAAAAAUGAUUUCUGAAAUCUACAAUUUUUUUGGCUCAAAAAUCAUUAUCAACUUUGAGUUAACCCUAAAUGAGGUAUAUCCUCCAAGUUUCCAGGCUUCCGGACGUUUUUUGACCAAGUUACAGUGUUUCAAAGUGUUAUCACUUGACGGUUUGCGUACCCCCCCGUACUCCCCCAAAAUCGGAGAAUCGAUCUGUUUUCAAUGUUAUUCCACAUUAUAAAGGGAGUUUUGUGAUCUGGCCAAGUUUCAGGCCGUUGAGAUGAGUUUUAAGGAAAAUAGAUUUUUGGACCACCGGGAAGGGAUAUUUUGAAAUUUUGAAUUUUUUGGCUCAAAAUCAAUAUUAAACUUGAGUUAACUCUGAAUAAGGUAUAUCCUCCAAAUUUCCAACCCUCCGGACGUUUUUUGACCAAGUUACAGUGUUUCAAAGUGUUAUCACUUGACGGUUUGCGUACCCCCCCGUACUCCCCCAAAAUCGGAAAAUCGAUCUGUUUUCAAUGUUAUUCCACAUUAUAAAGGGAGUUUUAUGAUCUGGCAGAGUUUCAGACCUUCUGGAUGAGUUUUAAGGAAAAUAGAUUUUUGGACGACCGGGAAGGGAUAUUUUGAAAUUUUGAAUUUUUUCCUCGUUUCGUUUUGCAAAUGACCUAGUGGAUGUAAGAAUGCGCGUUGAUCACGAUUUUGCUAGUUUCAAUCCAAAAAAACAGGAGAUAAAAAAGUUAUUCGGGAAACUUACCCAAAAUCACAUGUUUUUUGGAAUUUCCGGGUGUUAGAUGGAAAAUUCGAAUAAUCCAUGUUUGACUCAAUAAAGAGUAUUUUUUUGUGGUUUUUAAAAAAACUAUGUAAUAUGAGCAAUAAUGCGCAAAAAUGAGGUUUAAGAUUUUUUUAAAAAAAUUGAAUAAGAUUAUAUUGCACCUUAUUACAAACUUUGGAAGAGUUUCGUCGAUUUUAUGUCAAGAUAUAGAUUUUUUUGAAGGGUUCGACCGUACCCCUUUUUUUGAGCCACAGUAUCUCGAAAAACGGCUUGAGUGAUGAUAUUCGGUUUUUCAAAAAAAUCCUAAAAAAAUCGUGUUCUACAACAUGUUUGAUUUAGAGAAAGUUUCACCCUAACGCUCAUUUUUUUCAACUCACCCUACGGCGUUACCACACAUGUGAACGAUAAAAAAAUACAAGUUUAACAAUUAAAAAAACUAGCAAAAAUCGUGAUCAGCAUACAUUCAUACAUCUACUGUGGCCCAAAAAAAUUAUUUUCCUUGAAACUCAUCAUAACGGCCUGAAACUUGGCCAGAUCAUAAAAACUCCCUUUUAUAAUGUGGAAUAACAUUGAAAAACAGAUCGAUUUUUCCGAUUUUGGGGGAGUACGGGGGUACGCAAACCGUCAAGUGAUAACACUUUGAAACACUGUAACUUGGUCAAAAAACGUCCGGAAGGUUGGAAAUUUGGAGGAUAUACCUUAUUUAGAGUUAACUCAAGUUUAAUAUUGAUUUUGAGCCAAAAAAUUCAAAAUUUCAAAAUAUCCCUUCCCGGUGGUCCAAAAAUCUAUUUUCCUUAAAACUCAUCCCAACGGCCUGAAACUUGGCCAGAUCACAAAACUCCCUUUAUAAUGUGGAAUAACAUUGAAAAACAGAUCGAUUUUUCCGAUUUUGGGGGAGUACGGGGGGUACGCAAACCGUCAAGUGAUAACACUUUGAAACACUGUAACUUGGUCAAAAAACGUCCGGAAGCCUGGAAACUUGGAGGAUAUACCUUAUUUAGAGUUAACUCAAGUUUAAUAUUGAUUUUGAGCCAAAAAAUUCAAAAUUUCAAAAUAUCCCUUCCCGGUGGUCCAAAAAUCUAUUUUCCUUAAAACUCAUCCCAACGGCCUGAAACUUGGCCAGAUCACAAAACUCCCUUUUAUAAUGUGGAAUAACAUUGAAAAACAGAUCGAUUUUCCGAUUUUGGGGGAGUACGGGGGGUACGCAAACCGUCAAGUGAUAACACUUUUGAAACACUGUAACUUGGUCAAAAAAACGUCCGGAAGCCUGGAAACUUGGAGGAUAUACCUUAUUUAGAGUUAACUCAAGUUUAAUAUUGAUUUUGAGCCAAAAAAAUUCAAAAAUUUCAAAAAUAUCCCUUCCCGGUGGUCCAAAAAAAUCUAUUUUUCCUUAAAACUCAUCCCAACGGCCUGAAACUUGGCCAGAUCACAAAAACUCCCUUUAUAAUGUGGAAUAACAUUGAAAACAGAUCGAUUCUCCGAUUUUUGGGGGAGUACGGGGGUACGCAAACCGUCAAGUGAUAACACUUUGAAACACUGUAACUUGGUCAAAAAACGUCCGGAAGCCUGGAAACUUGGAGGAUAUACCUUAUUUAGAGUUAACUCAAGUUUAAUAUUGAUUUUGAGCCAAAAAAUUCAAAAUUUCAAAAUAUCCCUUCCCGGUGGUCCAAAAAUCUAUUUUCCUUAAAACUCAUCCCAACGGCCUGAAACUUGGCCAGAUCACAAAACUCCCUUUAUAAUGUGGAAUAACAUUGAAAAACAGAUCGAUUCUCCGAUUUUGGGGGAGUACGGGGGUACGCAAACCGUCAAGUGAUAACACUUUGAAACACUGUAACUUGGUCAAAAAACGUCCGGAAGCCUGGAAACUUGGAGGAUAUACCUUAUUUAGAGUUAACUCAAGUUUAAUAUUGAUUUUGAGCCAAAAAAUUCAAAAUUUCAAAAUAUCCCUUCCCGGUGGUCCAAAAAUCUAUUUUCCUUAAAACUCAUCCCAACGGCCUGAAACUUGGCCAGAUCACAAAACUCCCUUUAUAAUGUGGAAUAACAUUGAAAACAGAUCGAUUCUCCGAUUUUGGGGGAGUACGGGGGGGUACGCAAACCGUCAAGUGAUAACACUUUGAAACACUGUAACUUGGUCAAAAAACGUCCGGAAGCCUGGAAACUUGGAGGAUAUACCUUAUUUAGAGUUAACUCAAGUUUAAUAUUGAUUUUUGAGCCAAAAAAAUUCAAAAAUUUCAAAAAUAUCCCUUCCCGGUGGUCCAAAAAUCUAUUUUCCUUAAAACUCAUCCCAACGGCCUGAAACUUGGCCAGAUCACAAAACUCCCUUUAUAAUGUGGAAUAACAUUGAAAACAGAUCGAUUCUCCGAUUUUGGGGGAGUACGGGGGGGUACGCAAACCGUCAAGUGAUAACACUUUGAAACACUGUAACUUGGUCAAAAAACGUCCGGAAGCUGGAAACUUGGAGGAUAUACCUUAUUUAGAGUUAACUCAAGUUUAAUAUUGAUUUUGAGCCAAAAAAUUCAAAAUUUCAAAAUAUCCCUUCCCGGUGGUCCAAAAAUCUAUUUUCCUUAAAACUCAUCCAGAAGGUCUGAAACUCUGCCAGAUCAUAAAACUCGAUUCAUAAUGUAGGAUAACAUUGAAAACAGAUCGAUUUUCGGAUUUCGGGGGUCUACGCUAAAAGUUGAAAUAUUUCUGUUUUGCAGUGUUGACACCUAGCUGAAUAUACUUCCAAAAGCCCGCGAAAUAAGAUAAUAGUCUCAUUAAAUUCUUAUAUUAACUUUAAUAAUCAUUUCACAUUGAUAGUCAUCCGCGGGGGGUACGUACUUUUUCGAGGGGAGUACGUACUUUUUUUCAAGGGGGUACGUGAUGACGUCACAAAAAAAGUAGUUGGUUAGCCCAUGUAUGGCCCGGUUUUUUUCUUGAAACCGUAAAGUAUCCUUAUUUAUGAUUUUUAUUGAAAUUGAUAUAUCAAAUCCAGAAUUCAGAAUCGGAUUUCAGCCCUCUGGUCAAAGCGACCUACUAUAAUUUCCAUAGAAUCGGCUGGUCUCUGGCCGUUUCCUGGGUGAUUAUCGCAAAUCACCUCGGCUGGGGAGGUAAUUAGGAGAAAAGAGUAUUCCUACAGUAAUCCCUUCGUUUCAGGACCCAUUAACAACUUCAUAUCGCACCCGAUUUGGCAGCCAUUCGGCCGGUUGGCCUAUUGUGCUUACCUUGUCCAUUGGCUGGUCAUCUACUACUUUUUCAACUUGUUAGACCGACCGGCUCAUUUUAUUUCCUUGUGGCAGAUUGUGAGUUAACUUGGAGAGGUGUUUAUAGGUGAUUCACGACUAGCUUGAGAUGCUAAGGGGGCGUGGCCUGUCUGCGCUCUCCGCACUCUCUCUUUUCUUCGUGUCAGGACCAUUUUUUCGAAAUUGCUCAAAGAACAGUUUUUCAUGACGAAAAAAAAAUCGCGUUUUUUUAAAUUUUUAUAUAAAUUUGUACCAUUUUUUAACAAUUUUUUUUGAAUUGAAAAAAAAUCUGUUGAUUUCAGUAUCUACAUUACGUUGUCCCACUAACCUUCAUUACCUACUUUUGCGCCUUUUUCUGGAGCUCAUUUUUCGAAAUACCAACAUUCAAGUGAGUUGAAGGGAAAAAUUGAAAGAAAAAAUUUGGGAAGUUCUAAUUUCAGACUCCAAAGGAUGUUGAUGGAUACCGUGACGAAAAAAAUCAAAAAUAAUUCAUCAAAUAAGUCGGAGACGUCAACCGUCAGCACCUCUUGGGACAUUCCUACUCCUUUGCAUUUUUCGAAAAUUUGA